GAAAUUUUCUGUGAAAGUCAGUCCCCUGGUUUAGAAUUAGUUUGUUGGUGUCUGUAGUUUGUUUACAUUCGCUAACAUCGAUCAGGAUAAAAAGCUCAUUCACAACAGUUUUGGUGCAGCUAGCAAUAAUAGAAGCAGAGCUAAAACUGAAGACAAACUGGCAGCUAAGAGCCUACAAGAAUCAAAUCUACAAGCAGCUCAUUCAAUGGCUAGUGUUCAAGUGUGCUAUCCACAACAAUCACCUGGCAUCAAAGGAGUUUGGGAGUCUUCAGCUCUUGGAAAUAUGAGCAACAGCUACAACAUCUCUAUUCCUGGACCUCGAUUUCAAGUGACUGAUGCUUCUAGCUCUAGCCUGACAUUCGACUAUCAGCUGAACAUGCCACAGCAAACUUACUGCAGCAUACAAAACGCUCUUCCACCUCUUCACAUGUCUGUUUCGAAAGCAGUAUGCCAGAUGCCAACAACAAGCAGUCUUGGGUAUGGAUUCUCGGAUGCUAACUACGGUGGAUGCAGCACCCUAUCUAACUCUCUUACUACUUUUAGCAAGAUGGGAAGCAGCACUCCUUUGACACACAACCUUGCAACUGAUAUGACUACAGAAGGCAAUGUGCAGAGUCCGCACAGUGCAACCAUGCCAGCAUCUCUUCCGACAGACGGUCAAAGUUACUGGACAACUGGAUAUACGGGAAAUAUUGGAACUCCGAACACCCCCGUUUCUACAACAACUCUUGGUAGUGCCCUUCCUAGCUGGGCCCCAAUCAUGGAAGGCGCAGGUGUUACAAACUCUGUUGGCCAGAGUCUACCUUUAGCUAGUCCAGUGCAUCAGCAGCAACAAAUUACAAGCUCUGUCACAGCAGGAAUCAGUCCGAUGAUCGUCACUAUGUCAGAUGUGACAGGCCUCGGCAACAAGCAACACCAGCCCCCUCUCUCUACAUCCCACGUAUCUGGCUCGGUAAAUGAUCUCCCUCCUGGCCUCGCCUUUUUGGCUUCUGCCUUCAACAACAACCUUCUCUCACCCCAAGACAUCACCAGUCAACCUCCAACACAGCCAUUGUCGAUGACCCAAGCUCAGCACCACCCAUCUUUGACAGUGGAGCCUUUGAAUUAUCAGCCUACAAAAAGGAAAAGCCCACCCAGAUCAAAAGCAACAAAUGGCAGUUCACCUAAAAAGCCUAACAAAGGACCAAAGUCUCCCUCAGAAAAGCCUCAUGUCUGCCCGGUUGAAAAUUGUGGGAAAAGAUUUUCAAGAUCUGACGAAUUGACUCGACACCUGCGGAUACACACGGGACAGAAACCGUUCCAAUGUCAUAUCUGUCUUCGUCGUUUCUCGCGCUCCGAUCACCUCACGACACACAUACGUACACACACAGGUGAAAAACCAUUCGCCUGUGAGGUAUGUGGAAGAAGAUUUGCACGAUCAGACGAGAGAAAGAGGCACAAGAAAGUUCACGACAAAGAAGCUUCGAGAGAUAUGUCCAAGUCAUCGUUACAGCAAGCUCCGAUCCCCGAGAUUGCUGUCUCCCCUGAAGUUGCCAUAACAACAGCACAAAACACGGCCGAAGUAAUGCAGAGUGCCGAACAACAGAUUAACACUCUUGAACUCAAAGUUGAACCAAUGCCUCUCUCUCCCCUACAAUGAACUUUUUGAGCGUUUCACUUUCCUGUGCCGUAGUUUUUCUUAUUAAUUUUGUGUAUAGACCACAUCCACGUUCCUGUAUUUACAUGGCAUGAUUUACCUAUACUGAUGUACAUAUACGUACUAACCAGUUUUUUCACUUCGUUCAUGUGUGCACCAUAUUAUAGAUCGAUAUUAUGCCUGUGACUUUGUUUAUCGACGUACGAAAUAUUAAUAAUUCGUUAAUUAAUUAU